AUGAGCAGCCCAUGCACAACAUUACAGCUGCCUUCAGCUUCUCCCCAGAGCGCUGCUUUCUGGCUCUGGACUCUUUGCACCCUGUAUAGUUGAGUCUCUGUGCUCCUGCCCCUCCAGAGCCUCUGAGAUGUCUGUGACCGUUCCUGAUGUCCCUUUUGGUCAGUAGCUGAAACCCGUGUUGGCUGGUGGGACAGAAAGGCUGGGCUGUUGAUUCCCAGUGGACUCCAGCCUCUAGGAAGCAGGAUCCAGUCGUGAUUGAAUUGCUGGGGGUGAGCACAGUCCUCUCUCCUUCCCCAAUAAGCAGGUCAGAUCCCCUCUUGCUGGCAGGUCGCCCCGCUAUGCAUCACUGUAGAGGUAGAUUCCCAGUCCCGAGGGUCUCCCUGCCGGGAUGCUGGAGAAGGCAGAGGAGGAGGCUCCGCUGAGCAUGUGCAUCCUCCACUCUCCCUUCCCUUGGUGACUUGCGGGCUGUGGCGGUGUCUGGUACGAGAGGUGCUGCUCUUCCAUGCAAAGACUCAUUUAGAAAGGAGAAACCGUGUCCUCUGGGGGGGCUUCUCAGCAGAGGUUUCCGCUCCAUGCCGUGCCCCACCUCACCGUCUUGUUCCCUAAUUCCAUAAUCGCCUCUUGAGCGUUGCUGUCUGGGGAGGGAGGAUCCAGUUAGCGAUGAAUCUCUCGCCUUAGUUGUGCCAACUAAGCUGUGAAACCCGUGUUGGUACCGUGUGUUUUCCCCGGCAGAAUCUCUGGAUGCACAGCUCCUUGUUCCCGGCUGGCUUGGGUGAACCUCUUGCAAGAGUAACCCCUUGAAGCUCACUGUAGCUCUGUAAAUACGGUUCCUUUUGUAAUCAGCUGCUUUCCUAGUGCUGGUGGUUGCCGAACUCCCACUACUCAGCCCAGGCUGCUGCAGACCCGGGUCCUGCCAGCUUGAAGCAGGAGGGGGCCGGAGGCCGACGCACACUAUGAGCCCAUUGCGAAAUGAAGGACCUCUCUGCUGCAGGAGGACGGUAUCUGCUGGGCCGAGGGCCUUGGCACCUAGAAAUGUAUGUGCACGAUGUGGAACUCUGUAUGCAAAGCACUUAGAAUCAUGAGUACUGUAUGGGGGUGAAGGAGCCGGGUGUUGUCGUGCUGCCCCUCGGAGCUGGCUGGUGCAGGCAGGGAUUUGUUGUGUCUGAGCUCAAAGGGCUCGAGGGCCACAGAGGUGGCUCUGCUGGACCUGGGCUGAGAGUUGAGGCCACGGUGGCAUUUGCUUCGCUGGGUUAUCCUGUCUCCCUGGCUUGGAGAAAGCAUUAAUUGUCCUCUUGUUUUGCCGGAGAGGCUCUUUCCCUUUCGGAGCUGCAUCCUCAGCAUGGAUGCUGUAGGCUUCGCCGCUUGUGUUGCUGUUGGAUCUGCGAGGUGCUGCGUGCUCGUGCUCUGCAUCCUGUCCUUGCUGUGCCACCUGCAUCGGGUACCACGCUGUCCCUCCUCCCCCAGCUCUGCUUGGCUCGCACCUGGGGCCCAGAUCCUUUCGGAUAUGGGGUUGCUGGAGCAAACAUCCCAUCCCCGUUGCUUGUGGCAGCUUCUAUGCUUGGCUGUACAGCCCCCAUUCCCUGCAUGCCCUCUCCAGGCCCUGGGCUGGGGUUUUGGGUCUGGUUCUUCACUGUUUGGUGCUCUGAGGCCAUGGUGCAGCAGUGCUGGCCCUGACCUGUUGCAGCUCAGGGUGUCCAAGUGCCACGGAAGGGGCAGGCGACAGCUCAAGGGAGCUGUGGGGUGCAGAGACCAGAUGAGGCCACAUGUAGCUUCAGGCAUCACUUGGGAAAAGCUGCCAGGGAUAACGAAGGGAAUAGUUUGUGCUCGGACACGUGAGAGAUGAGAACAUGUGGGAAUGGGGCAGGGAGGCCUGGUACUCAUAGCCUCUGGGGGGUGCCAUGCCAGCACCCCAAAGCUUCCCACCAGGCUCCCACCCCAUUCCUAGCAGUGUAUUUCCAGCCUGGGGACUCUGUCCUGGUCCUGCGCUUCCAGCACAUCCCUGCUCCACAGGGCAGGCUGCAGGCAGGCAGGAGCCUCCGGAUGCUCACCCCACAGGCCCCACAACCUUCUGAGCUUGAGGCCAGUCCAGCCAGGAAGGGGUUUGCUCCCGGCUCAUUCCAGGACCUGCUGAGCCUCUGGGAGUGUCUCAGCCUCAAGCUGUCACCUCUUGGUGCUCGUCCCGGCUGGGGAAGCUCCAGCUUCUCUCGACACGAUCUUUCCUCCUCCUGGCUGAGUUCCUGCUGUUCUCCCCACGCUGUCCCUUCCUGCCAGAGCCUUUUCCUUCCCCAGGAGCUUGGGCAGCUCAGUGGGAUCACAGCGGGGGUCACAGUCACCCCUCUGCGCCCUCCAGCACCCAUCUCCCCUCCAGGGCUCCACUCGCUCUGUACAAGGAGGAGGACAAAGCCCUUCCCCAGGGCUGCCUUUCCCUCACGGUGCUUGACUUGGCUCCCUGCAGCUCAGCUCUUCCCUGUGUCCCCCCAGGGGGGAACCCCAAGCCCUGAGCUCCCCCCCCAAAUAAGCUGGUUGUGAUUUGUCCUUCUCUGCUUUGCUGGUGCUGUUGGUGCCGCUGGAUGCCGCCGCUCGCGAUGCGUUUCCAGGCCCUGGGCUGUGCUUUGCUGCUUGUGACCCUUCCCCCCCCCCCAAACUCUCUGUUGUCCCCCCAACCGAGCUGCUCACCCACAUCCCAUGGGUGCAACGUGGCCGUUCCUGCUCCCCGGGGCACAGCUCCGGUCUCGUCCCUCUAUAUCCCAGCUUGGGAUGCUCCACACUCCCCGUCACCCCACUGGGGAUGCUGGAGGGGGUGUCGUGCUCGGGGGGGACGUGGCGGCUGCAUGAGCACACCCGAGGUUUUAGUUCUAGGUAUAUGCAAUAAUAACUCGCCACUUCAGCUGCCCGUUACCAGCAGUAGCUCUCUCUCUGCUCUUUCUGUCGAUGUUUACUAAUGUCAACCCAUGAUUUGUUACUGUAAGAGGAUUUUUUGUACGGUACUUCAAAAAAAACCCCCACAAAACAACCCCCAAAAAACCGAAAUAAACAGAAAUCAUGGAACUGCUGCAGGGAAUUCUGUGGGAACAGGAGGCGGGAGGGGACUGGGGCCCAGCUGGGUGCAGGUUGUGCCCCAUCCUGGGCCAGGUCGCUGCUCGAGGAGGUGGCAGCAGAGCUCAAAGGGAUGAGAAACGAGCGGAAAGGGCGACAAGCACCAAGGGAAGCACAAAGUUCCUCCAUACCCGGCGCUAGGAAUGAGUCCGGGGAGGAGUUUGGGCAGAGCUGCCAGGCUGGGAGAGCUUCAGGACCUGCACCCAGCUGGGAAAUGCCGGUCACGGGCUGCUCGGGCUCAUGUUUUCAUCGCGGACCCGUCGCAACCUGCCCUGCAGCGGGGCUGGGGCAAAGGGCUGGACCCCAAAGCUGCGGCAGGACCGCGGGGACAAAGGGGGCCGGGGCCGGGCGUCCCGCGUGAGUCAGCGCCGGCGUCACCGGAGGGGCCGGUUGAGCGGGGCAGGAAGUGCGGGCGCAGCCUCGAAACUCCCCGUCGGGACGGAUCGGCCGCGGUGUCACCCGCAGCGUGCCCAUGGCCCCCGCGGCGCUGCUGCCGCUGCUGGCGCUGCUGGCCCCGGCGCUCGGGGGGGCUUCUCCCGCCUGUGACCAUCGCCCUGCGCAGCUCUGGUGCCGCUCGCCGGAGGUCGCCGCCGCCGCCGCCUGCCAGGCCCCGAGCGGCUGCGCCCACCCCACGGCUGCCCCCGUGGAGCUGAGCCUCUUCUAUGAGAGCCUGUGCCCGGCGUGCCGCAGGUUCCUGGUGGAGCAGCUCUUCACCGCCUGGCUGCUGCUGCCCGCCGAGGCCCUGAACAUCACCUUGGUGCCCUACGGUAAUGCCCAGGAGAGGAACGACAGCGGGAAGUGGCAAUUCCAGUGCCAGCACGGCCCGGAGGAGUGUUUGGGCAACAUGAUUGAGACCUGCCUGAUGCACGAAGCCAAGAACUUCAGCACCUACUUCCCCGUCAUCUUCUGCCUCGAGUCGGGCAGCUCCGUCACCAAGACCCUGGGAGCCUGCCUGCAGGUCUACGCGCCGCAGCUGGACGGGGACCGCAUCGCCGCCUGCGUGCGGGGGGACACCGGCGCCGCCCUCAUGCACCGCAACGCGCAGCUCACGGAGGCGCUCGACCCCCCGCACCAAUACGUGCCCUGGGUCGUGGUUAACGGGAAGCACACGGACGAGCUGCAGGCACAGGCCGAGACCUCGCUGCUGGGGCUCAUCUGCCGCCUCUACCAGGGGGAGAAGCCCGAAGCCUGUGGGAGCUCAGGGAUACCGGAGGCCCCGCCCCGCUGCCGGCGCUGAGGGACGGUCUGGGAGCACCGGGGAGAGAGCAAUAAAAAGGAUGGGUUUGGUUAAAAA